AUGACAAUGAUACAAUGUUAUGCACCAACAAAUAUUGCAGAUGAUGAAACAAAAAGAACUUUUUAUGAGAAACUCCUCAGUAUAACCUGCAAAACACCACGACAUGACAUCCUUAUAGUCUUAGGUGAAAUGAAUGCUAAAGUAGGAAAUGAUAACUUAGAUGGAGAAAGAGUUAUGGGCAAACAUGGACUUGGCACUAUAAACGAAAAUGGAGAACUACUUGUACAAUUUUGUGGAGAUAACGACCUUGUUAUUGGAGCAAUAGAUUGGUGUAUGAGAACAACAUUGGAUAAUGAAAUCACAGGAAUUAGAUGGACCAUGAAUUCUUUUCUUGAGGAUUUAGAUUUUGCUGAUGAUAUCUGUCUACUAUCCAGCAACAGAAACAACCUGAAGAACAAAACCACCAGACUGAAUGAAACAGCACAAAGUAUAGGACUGACUAUAAAUGAGAAGGAGACCAAGCUCAUGAACAUCAGCAGUAACACAAUACAACCAGUGUACUUGGGACAUAACAUCAUAGAAGAGGUUGAGGACUUUACCUAUCUUGGAAGCAUGCUAAGUAACACCAAUGGAACAGCAAAAGAUAUAAAAGCCAAAAUAUGCAAAGUCAGAUAUACAUUCUGCCAACAACACCCCAUAUGGAGGAGAAGGUCAAUCAGUCUGAAAACAAAGAUCAGAAUACACACCUGCAAUGUCAGGUCAGUCCAUCUAUAUAGGGCAAAAUGCUGGAGAAUUAUCCAAUUAGACAUGAAAAAGCUUUUUUCAUUCCAUAACACCUGCUUGAGGAAGAUCUGUAAGAUAUUCUGGCCCAAUACUAUUUCCAACAAAGACCUGUACCAAAAAACAAAUCAGUGUUGUAUUGAAACAGAUAUUAAAACGAAGAGAUGUCGUUGGAUUGGCCACGUAUUGUGGAAAGGAAAUGAAGAUAUCACCAAGAAUGCUUUGAGAUGGACACCUGGUGGUAGACGAAAAAGAGGGAGGCCAAAAGAGACCUAG